GCAGAGGGGGAUGGGGAAUAACACCCGCUCCUCGGGACACUUUGUCAGAAACACACCGCGGUGGUUUUAAAAGUACAACCAGGGGGAAACACGACGAUGGUAAAAAGAAAAGAUCCGAGCUCAGUAUUGGCUACCUACUCCCCCGCGCACAACGGGUUUUAGCAACGACGCCGUGGAUUGGCUAUUCCCGAGUUCCUUCCUCCAAUCAGGCUCUUGUUUGCUGUUACCAGGAAGCAGAAGACGCGCUGGGAGAAGCUUGAUUUUCCAACUGAGGUCUCUGUGAUAAAAUGGACAGCUUAGAAAACUGCGAAACUUAAACAUUAAGACAUUUGAACCGAGUAUCUUCCUGGAUGGAACAACUAAGUUACUCUCACCGUUAGCCUCCGAGGCUGCAGCUGUACUACAGUGCUGCUCUACUUUGGCUCGGACAUCAGUCGUUAUGUGAUCUUUUACAAACAGAUGAGCAGAUAAACCAGCCUGGACUCAACCUGCUGAAAAAAACAAAAUGUCGAGUACCGUGCUGGAGGUCGGGACGGGAGUGUUUGUCGUCGUGUUGAUUUGGAUUGCGGCUCUUGUGUUUGGUAUGAUGCUGCUGAGAGCAUCCGGAUCAGCCAAGUUAGGAGUGAUCCCUGUUUUUCUCCUGGCUCUCACCAUCACUCUGGCCCUGGUGUUUUUCCCUCGCAGCCCUGAGACAACGCCCCCUUUCAAAGAAGUCCAGAUAGUGGACACUUUGUUCAUCGGCCGCUACGUGCUGCUGGCAGUGGUGAGCGUAGUCUUUCUGGUGAUGUUCUUCAUGCUGCUCCCCUUUCAUUUCCUGGAGCCGGUCUAUGCCAAGGCCCUAAGAACACAUUAGAGCUGUCAGGGUCAGAGUUGGCAGCAGGAUCACAUCACUGAUUGUAUACAACUUAAGACAAACAGGGCCUGGUGAGAGCCCCCACCCCCCACCCCUUCAUGUGGAGACGGACCAUAGAAUGCAUCCCAAACAGAAACACCAGGAGAGCCAGUGUCUUCUACAGGACCCAGUGAAGGCUGGUUGUUGGCUGUUUAUGCAAAACCAACAGUAACGGUGUUUGAUAUUUUGGAUCAUUUUAUACAUCAUUGUAGCACUAAAGGCAACACUGAAAUACCCCAUUAUUUUACAAAGAUGUUAAAUAUUUACAUAUAUAAUAUAUGUUGGUUCCUAUAAUCCUGUGUUAGUGACAGUACAUGUGACAGAUUAAACACAAAAUAACCCAUUGCACUAUGUGAAAAAACAUUAAAACUCUGAAUGUGAUGUCCCAUUUACACCUGUCUGAAGCCUGCAGAUUGCAUAUGUGUUUUCUUCAACUGGACAGACUGACAGGGUUAAUAAAAAUAUUUUUUUUUAA